AUGGUUGACUGGACGCUUUUCUGCCUUUUCAUAUUGCAUCCCCCCUGGCAUGUGCACUUCUCUGAGAUAUUUGAUCCCUUCCUCUACUAUGUGCCUAAGAAAUUUGGGGUUCUCUAUGUCAUGCAGUGUCAACGGAAACAAGUUUCUCUAUUUCUCUACUAUCACUGUGGUAGCGAGAAGGUCACACCCAUUGGUCCUCUGGGCAUGAAGGUGAAUGCCACAGACACCUGGGAGAGACAGUCAGAAACUCUGACAGACCUGGUGGAAGAGCUCAAAAGGAAACUGCUUGACAUUAAGCCACAGAUUUCCACAACCAGCGGUAAGUCAGAAAGGCUCAGGGCAGGAGUAGAACAGUUUCUGUCCCACACAGGAGGCCCAGCAGCCAGAGCAGACAUAGAGGCCAGAGCAGGACCAAGAGAUGUGAAGGUGACCAGAGCAGUGGACACCAGGAUGGGGCAAAGGAUUUGUCCAGACCAGAGGCUGACCUCUUUCCCAUGGGGAGCAGACCCUCUCGCCCUGCAGGGUGGGAUGCUGUGUCCCUAUAAAGCCAAUGGAUGCAUGAGUGGGUCCUGGCAUUUUGAUGUGUGUGGCUUGGAGAACAGAAAGUGUACAGUGGUUGUUCCUGGAGAGAGACUGCUAAAAGAGACAUCAGACAAUGGCAGCGAUGUAACCAAGUUCCUCAUGAAGAUCUCAGAUGCAGACUGUCAGAACUGGCUUGACCAAUUUUUGGUCCCCUGGGAGAAAAUGCUGGAGACAACAGGUAACUGAGAAGAGAAGGAGAAAGUGGUAGGUCUUUUUAAAUGAGGUCGACCUAGCCCACCGUGUAUGUGUUUGAGUUUGUGUGUGUGUGUGUGUGUGUGUUUGAAAGUGUGCUCCAUCCACUGUGAGUUCUUCCUGGGAGAACAAUGGCCAUAGGUCCGCUCUACCACCCUUACUUUCGCUUCUCACCUCCUGACAUCUCUUCCUCUUGCACAUACCUCUGUCCACUCACUGUGGAUUUCUGGCUGACCCAAAACAUGAGGGCAUCAUUCUGUCUCCAGACCUUUUCUUCUUACUGUUUCCUCCUGUUAGCCUCACCUUUCUUUUUCAUCUCACUUGGUCUCUUUCUGGAAGUCCUUCAAUACCUCCUCAAAUGUCAGCUCCUGAGAGGACUCUACCAAAAUACUUAUAUAUCACCUCCUCUUCUGUCACAGCAGGAUUGAUUGGUUACAUUGUAACCCUUUCUUCCCUCAUUGGCUGGAUGAGCCCCUAGGAGACGAGGCCCGUCUCCUUUCUUCCUUCCUACCUCAGGUUCUGUCACAGCAUCUGCCACAAGUAGAGAGGUAGAAAAUGUCUGCAUUGUAAGAUCAUCUGGGGCAGCAGGAGCUGAGGAGGAGUCUCCUCAGAGGAGAUUUGAGGUCUGGACAAGGGCUGUCACUCUUCCUUUUCCAUUUCAGCAUCACCACCCACAGGCCCAGGUACAACCCAUUCCGGGGCCGUGGCCAUCACUCCUGUCACCUGGAUCUUCCUGGUGCCCCUCACCUGCUCUGUUCUCCUUGGCAUCCUAGGUUGAGUCCAUCUCCUAACAGAGGCUGGAGUUGCUACCAAGAAGCCCCUGGGCGUCUGCCCUCGUUCCUCCACUCUCCCUUCUGGUUGGCGGCCUUGCCAUCACCUGCUCUUCCUCUCUCCACCACCAGGAGUUUCAGCCCCUACAGCAAAGGCAGAGGCCCCAGGAGUCCUGAUGACCAAGGAGAUGCAGCAUUGCCUUCCCUUUAUGCGCUUGGCUGAUAAUCUGCUUGACACUUUUUCUAAGCAUCGGGGCCAUUUCUCUCGGUGCUAAGUGUUGGGAUUCCUGCACUGAGCCUUCGAACUGCUCGAACAAGAAUCUCAACCCAGAGUCUGUUUCCACCUUCUCUCUGGUUGUGGAAAAUCAGAUGCAUCUCUAUGUCCUGACCCUGUUCUUGCACAUGAUAUUGCCAGAAAACUGUUGUGUUCUUGAGACUGCAGAACUUCCGGGAUUCUUUAUGUGUCCUGAGAAACAACUUUGUGUGUUUUCAACAGAACAAGAUUAUAUUUAUGAUUGUUUCCUUUCAUAAUUUAUUGUCUUGCCACGGAUAUUUAAGUGAAUAUCUUACUUUUUAAAAGAUUAAAUUAUUUCAGAAUUUCAUUUUAUAACCCGGUAGAGAUGUAAUGCCAUUCACUCUUUGUCCAUAUCAUGGAGUAAAUAAAACCAGUGAUUCUGCUAGAUUUCUUAUGGAAACAGAGAAUUGAAGGAUCACUUGUAAAUUAGCUAUCAAGCAGGACAUCUGUUGGUCUCAAAAAUUAUCCAGAUACUCUGACGCAAACAAAUAUUCUGGGACUUAAGGAUGGAGAACCUUUCUGAUUUCAGCCCUGAUCCCCAACCCCAGCAGUGACUUUCCUUUGAUGCCUCCAGCCUGACUCACCUCCUUCAGUGAGAAGUCAGUCUUCACAGCAGCAGCAGCUCUACGUCUAAAUGCUGUUUUAUUCCCCCACAGACAAAGGAUCAGCAUCUAGAAUGUAACGAGAGCUACUGUACUUCAAUGGGGCAAGUCUGAUUCUUCAAAGAUACAGGGCAAAUGAUAUGAGGAGUUAAUACAUGGCAAGUAAUUCUAUGAAAAGAUUGAAGAUCUCACAAAUAAUUAAGAAUACUGUAAUUAGAAGGAGACUGACCUUUCCCCACAUGCCCAUGAAACUGGCAAAUAUUUUAAAAUAUAUCAACACUUCCUAGUGAACAGGAAAUGGAAUACCAGUAAUUCUCUUGCAUUGUUGGUAUGAGUCAAGCUUCAAAUACUGUAUAAUUUCACCCUAUCUAAUGAGGCAGAAGAUACGCUCAUCUUCCCUCACAACAGUCUCAGUGUUUAUUCCAGUCCCACAACUGUGUACCAAAGAGCCUGUAGCUAUAUGGUUGUUUAUUGUGGUGGUGGUGGUGUUGCAAAAAUAUAGCAACAACCUACAUUUCCAGAGAAAAGGAGCAUAUACUAAAAUGUUGGUGAAAGUUUUCUGUUCUUUCUACCUAAGACUCGAUCAUCUCAACCACUACCAAAAAUCAAACAACCAAAAGCCUGGAUGAAAAGACUUUAAAACAUGCAAAUGUGUUAAUGAGGACUUCUGAUUGACAUACAGUCAAAGUGGCCACCUCAAUACAAAUCUCUCCACUUUCCCCUAAAAAUUAUACAGAUCAAGAAAAGGGACAAAGGGAACACCCCUCACCCACAUCUUCAGCACGAGGAGGAGACUGAAAAUCCCUAAACCUGUCAGGCUCCUGAGCUAGAAAGGACGGUUUGGGGAAAAAAGAAUGGGGUCUGAGGGUUAGAUGUAGGAAUGUCUCAGUGUGAAGUGUGUUCUGGUGACUGCGUUUUGGCAACUUAGGAGAUGUCUUGAUUUAUAAGAAAUGUUCACUAAAGUGCUUGGCAGUGAUGGGACAUCAGGGUGACAGCUUGCUCUGAAAUGGUUCUGGAAGAGUUUUCCAUAACUGCAGCCCUAACUUUUUGUAAGUUUUUGCUUGCUUCCAAAAAUUUUUCAAGUUAUUAAAAAUGGGAAUUUAAAACAAAACUUGUUUUCAGAAUUUGAAAUAAGAGAAAUACUUAAAUACAAUAGAGGAGACAGAACUGUACGCCUCCCAGUCUCCACCUCAGAUCCCGCUCCUUUCAUAGAGCCGGGUCCUCCCCCGAUGUUCCCUUCUUGUCCUUCUGUGCUCCAGCCCCCCUCAGCUUCUCCCUCCUCAACCUCAUUAGCAUGGUCAGCCCAGGCUGUGCUACAGACAAAAGCAGCUCAGGCCAGAGAUGGGGAUGUGCAAAUUCACUGUUACAGCUCCUGACCCUCAGUGGGAUGCAGGAGCUGGCAGGUAACUGCCUCAGAGAAAAGGACUUGGAGUUCUUCUGAGAUUAGAUCCACCCUAUAAAAGGUGUGUUUGUGUGUGUGUUUGUGUGUGUUCCCAGUGAAUUUUCUGCUUGAAACUCAUGACUGCCAGUGGAUUUCCCUCACAUCCUCCCUGCCUCAUUUCACCUCUUGAAAUCUCUUCCUGUACAAGCCACACGGCCUACCUGCUGGUUCUCACCAUCAUGCUCCCAGGCUUUCUCUUUCAGUGGAGUCCUCUGUCAGGUACUCUGCUUCCCGCUGGACAAAGGCCUGUGGACCCUGAAUGCUGGGCGCGAACAUCACCUGCCAGUAAGUCUUCAUUGCACUCCUGUUUUACUCAGGAUUCUCCAAAAAACAACUCCAGUAUGAUGUUUAGAGACAGAAAGAGAGAGAGAGAUUUAUUAUAAGGAAUGGGCUCAUGUGAUUAUGGAGGCUGCAGUGUAGACGGGCUCACUGGAGCCCAGUGGAGCCAACGGUGCAGAUGAAGUCUGAAGGCAGUCUGCUGGAGGAAUCCCUCUUCUUUGGGGACAUUAGUCUUUCUGUUCCUUUCAGGCCUUCGACUGAUUUGACGAGGCCUCCCAACAUUAUGGAGGACAAUCUCCUUUACUCCAAGUUCACCGAUUUAAAUGUUAAUCUCAUCCAAAACAUUCUCCAAGUUGACCAAUAAAAUUU